GCUGAGUGCAUCCGGUGAUUUGUAGUCAUGGCUCUGGUACAUAAACCCGCAAGCCAAGUUCCGCAAGAUGCCGUGCGACUGAGUGAAGAAGAAGCGCUCCAAUAUUUUCUAAAGCUCGUUAAAGGAUGGGAGCAAAAGGGAGACGUAUGGCCACUACGCUACACUGCCAGCAUACUGGGAGUAUGCAGUGCCAUUUCCGGAUUCUACUUUAACAACCACUACCGGCUGGCGCUCAGGCUCGGUAACUACGGUCGAAUGUCGAGCUAUUUACCGGCCGUUGCGAUUCCAGCGAUCAUGGCCACCGCUUUCCACACUGCCUUCGUGCAGCCCGAUGUAAUCCUACGUAGGGAGCCGUGUCCUGUUUGCACACAAACGCGAGCAGCUAUCAUUCAGGGCGGCUUUUCGGUUGCCUAUCCCCUAUUGCUUGCACCAUUGUCUUCGUUCAUGUUCGCCACAAGACAUUUCACGUACCGCCUGCCGUCGAUUACGGAACAACCGAUAGCGGUGUUGAAACUAUUUCGUCGGCUUACGGCGCCCAUUAUGAUGCCGAUCACUGUGCUGCUUGCUUGCAACCUAGCGAUUUCGAUAGCCCUGACCGGUCAAGAGUUCCAAGCGGUACACAGAGUUAACAUCCGGAUGCUCGAGAUCGAACGUCAGCUUGAAAAUGAUGGCCUACUGCCGGCACCGUGAUGGGCAAUGCGGGGCAAGUUUCGACCCACAGGCUUGGAAAUGGGUCUACUUUAAACAAAGUCGAUUUUGUAGAAAUUAUAUCCAUGC